UUUCAUGAGACAGUGGCUAUGGCGGAAUGCCGCUGCUGCGCGAGCUGGGAUAUCUGGCUUUCGAUCGCGGGGCCUCUCCAGCUGCGCUCUAUUCGGCGUUGAGAGCAGCGCGCCGUGCGUGCGCGAUUUUCUUGCCCGGCGUCAAGACGCGAAGCACAGCUUGAUCUUUGUGAGGCACAAGAAGCUCCGGCUUGGGCCUACGACGAACAAGGUUCUGGCGCUGGAGAAUGUGGCAAGUUGGAAGCAGAAUGAAGUUCCGAAUGAAAGAACUAAAGCGCCUUAUGAUGUGCUCCCGAGAAGAACUAAGAUGCAAAGAGCACGGGACUUGGUGGAUGCAGUUUUGCCACUGCCCGAUGUCAAAGAGGAGAUUUGGGCCGCUUGCGAUACAUGGAUUGCCUGGGAGCUAAGAUUUCCUCUGCAUACAAUCAAGAUGGCCACUCACAGGCUCUUCCGGCUGAAACAAUGGCGCAGAGUUAUUCACGUGAUCAAGUGGAUGUUUAGCAAAGGCCAUGGCUUUACAAUGAACACUUAUGGAUGUCUCCUCCGGGCUUUGGACAUUGAUGGCAGGGUGGACGAGGUUGAGCACAUCUGGCAUACUUUUGUGGUGACGAAACAAGAGAGCGUCCCCAGAGUUAUGUAUGCUCGAAUGAUCACGAUGUAUGAUCGGCGAGCAUUGCCAGACAAAGCUAUCAAGAUGUUUAAAGAGCUGGAGCUUUCAGGAACGAGGCCGGACCCAGCGACAAUAAUCAGGAUCGGGAAGAUUUAUGAGAAGCUCGGUUUCACGAAUAAGACGGCGGAGCUACUCGAGAAGCACAAGCCAACGAAGAGGUUCAUAUCGUUUAAGUUCAGAACGAAGAGUCACAAAUUCAUGGGAGUCCCGGGCCAUGACAGGAGGCGACUAACUUCUUCGGAGAAACAGAAAAAGAGGAAACUUAGAGAACGUCUUGCUACGAUCAUAGACUUUAGCUGAGGCGAGCUUCUGGUCUUCUACUUUUUCUUCUUGAUCUAGAAAAGUUUCUAUAGAUCAAAAGCGAUUUUUUUUUCC